AAGAGACUAACUACCACAACAAAAAUGGAGAAAGCAGCUUUGAUAUUCAUUGGUACUCUACUUUUUUCAACAUGUAUACCGAUUCUGGCACAAAAUGAACAACGAACUUGCUUUGAUAACUCUGAUUGUGUUGGACUUAAAUGUCCAGGAAAACAUGGACAAUCCAUUUGUGUGGACACUGACUGUGAAUGCCCUGUUCAAAAUUAUGGGGCAUUACCUGAUGAUACCAACUGUGGUGUGGCUGCUUGCAUUGACUAUUGCAAGGCAAAAGGAGAAGUAGCUUAUGCUUGUCUUUUGAACCAUUGUUACUGUCGCAAACCUCCUCUGUAG